AAUUCAAUAUGUCUGUCAAUUUUGAUAUAAAAAAUUACUAGUGCAAUAGAAUAUUAAAUUAUUAGUACAAACAAUAUUUUUUCAAUAUGAAUCUAAAUAAAAGGGAUGAUUGUUUCUGUGAAAAAUCUAUUCUAUCUAAACAAAAUAAUCCUGCAGUGCCUACAACAACAAUAAUUCCUCGUUCAACAGUCAACGCAGAUGAUAUUGCAAAUAUAGAUGCUAUAGAAGAGGUUAAAGAUGAAUUUUGUAAUCCUGAUUCUCCGGUAAUAGUUUCAUUUGAAGAUGUCAAAAAAGCUGAAGAAGCAAUAAAGGACGGAGUAGUACAUACACCCUUUGCAAGAUCAUAUCAUUUAUCGAAAAUGUUUGGUAUGGAAAUAUAUUUAAAGUAUGAUUUUAAGCAAAUUACGGGAAGUUUUAAAGAUAGAGGAGCACGAUAUGCUUGUCUUAAUCUAACAGAGGAUCAGAGAAAGGCUGGAGUAAUUACAGCUUCUGCAGGAAACCAUGCUCAAGCUAUGUCCUACCAUGCAGCAUCUUUGGGGGUCCCGGUUACAGUUGUUAUGCCUAUCACUUCCCCCAUCAUGAAGAUCACUAAAUGCAGAGAUUAUGGAGCUAACGUUAUACUAAAAGGGAAUCAUUAUGGAGAGUCAAGAAAAGUUGCUCUAUACUUGGCAAAAAAGCAUAAUAUGGUUUUUAUAAACGGUUAUGAUCAUCCAAAUGUCAUUGCUGGACAAGGUUCUGUAGGUAUGGAGAUAUGUCGCGACUUGCCUGAUGUUGAUGUAGUCGUAGUACCAACGGGUGGAGCCGGUCUUUUGUCAGGAAUAUGUGUAGCUGUUAAAGGGUUAAAUCCUCAAGCUAAAAUAAUUGCAGUAGAGGCUGCGCGUGCAGCUGGUUUCAAGAAUGCCAUGGAUAAUGGAAAACCUACGGAUACACCAAUACUACCGUCACUCGCUGAUGGACUAUCAGUACCUUGUAUAGGAUAUAAUGCAUUCGCUACAGCUCGAAACCAUGUAGAAAAAGUAAUUAGCUUAAAAGAAAACUGUAUCGCUCUUGGUAUUCUAAGACUUGUAGAAAUGGAAAAGGUAGUCGUAGAAGGUUCUGGGGCUUCAGGAGUAGCAGCCAUAUUGGGCGGACACUUGGAUGAAUAUAAAGGCAAAAAAAUCGCUAUAGUACUAUCUGGUGGAAAUAUUGACACAUCAGUCUUGGGUAGAGUUCUGGAAAGAGGCCUUGCAGCAGACGGAAGAUAUAUCAAAGUAAAAGUACUUGUCAGAGACCGAGCAGGUGGAGUCGCUGAACUUUUGGCUGAUAUUAGUGAUCUUGGAAUUUGUAUUAAGCAUGUUAUGCAUGAAAGAGCAUGGGUUACUUCAGAUGUGUACAGUGUUUCUGUUAAAUGUAUACUUGAAACGAGGGAUUAUCAGCAUAGUUUGGACCUUAAGGAAGCUCUAGAGAGGAAAUAUGGUUCCGUGGAGUUUGUGGACUUUCCUUCUACACCACCUGGAACGGUUCCUUGCUAAACAAUUUACUGAUAUUAUUUUCUGGUUCUUAUCUAUAUACAUCGCUAAUAAAAUAUUUCGU